GUUGUUCAACACUUCAGGUUAUCAAUAAGCUUGCAGCACGAUCCGCUUUGUCUGAAUUUCAUAUAUUUUUGCAAGAGCACGCAUGUAGAAUUGGAAAGAGCGACUAUGAAGCAUUAUUUCAUCUCCCUGGUCCUGCUGUUGUGCAUCCUGCAAAGCACCUGUGGCCUGUACUUCCUUAUGCGGGAAAAGGAGCGUAAAUGCUUUGUCGAGGAGACGCCCGAGGAUACAGAUGUUAUUGUCGACUUCAGGGUGGAGGUAGAGGAUCCCAGGAUCUCCGGCGGCUUUAUGCCCUUGCCUUUCGGCCUUGGAAUGCAUAUGGAAGUGCGGGACAGUGACGGAAAGGUUCUGCUCUCCCGAGUUUAUGGCUCAGAGGCCUGCGUCAAAUUCACAACCUUUUGGCCCGGCCCCCACCGCAUCUGCCUGAAAUCAAACAGUACCGCCCUUUUCCAAGGUGCUCUGCUGCGUGUUCAUUUGGACAUUAAGAAGGGCGAUCGAGCCAUCGAUUUGGCAAAAAUUCAGAGGGAGGAGAACUUGGACAAUAUGCAGUUGCGGGUUCUCCAGCUUUUGAAUCAGGCAGAUGCGAUACAAAAGGGACUGAACUACCAGCGCUUCAUAGGGGAUCGCUUUCAGCAGCAAAUUAGCAGUCUCUACUCAGAAAUGGUCUUCAUCGCCAUAGCCCAAGUUGUGGUACUUCUUAUUUUCAUGGUCAUGCAGUAUAGGAUUUUAUUUAAGAAGCCGUCCUUGUACUUGGCGUACUGCAAAGUUUUCAAUGACGAAGAGCUAAGCAGAUUCAGGACACUGAAGGCGUAUAAGGCUCUUAUGAACAUUCUGGGCUCCAAUGGUGAGGGACUAACUACCAACGCAAUUUCACAAUGGCUGGCUCAGUUGCAAGAUCCGGAAUCAACGGACGAGAAUGAACAAAUCAUUAUCAAUGAUAGGCUUCAAGUCAAAGUGAAAGAAUUUGCUGACAAGUUCUCAAGGAAGCCAUCAGCAGUGACUCCGGAAACACCGAAGGGAAGCUAUUUCGCAUCCAAUCUUCAGUUGACAAACCUUUUGGUUAGCUCGAAGCGGAAUCCAAGUGACCACUUGCACGGCGAUACUUUCUUGCUGGUCUGUGAGUGCGACGAUUGCAAGGCAAAGAAUCCGGAAAAAGUAUAUUCUUAAGUAAAAAGCAUAAAUGGAACUUAUGUAUACCCAAUCAGAAGUCUGUCUGCUUGCAUUUGUUUUGUUCAUGUUACUCUACCAACAGAUCGAAUCUAAAUAUAUAAAUUUAAUUUAUAAA